AAUCGGAAGCUUUCGGGAAUCGAAAUUCUCAGGCGAUCAGAAUCUCGAUUUUGAUAGACAGCAGGAGCAAUCCGAUGAGCUGUGAAGCUCUUUUGCCGUCAACUCUAAACCACUUUUAUUAUUUUGCCAGGUGUAAGGUCCCCUCACUGAGCUGCUGUGUAGCUCUGUGUUUCAGACAAAGCGACCUGCCAUCACCACAAUGAUGGCAGGUCAACCAAGAGGCUGGUAUCAUCAUCAUCACGUGGACAUUUGAACCUCAUGGCGGGACCCCCGGGGAUCCUGAAUGAACCGUCGACGUCGACGGCUACGGCCUCGUGCCAGACAUCAUCGGUGGCGGUGACGGCGCCAUCAUCUGCUACAUCGUCUCGCGUGACAGCACUUUCGUCCUCACAAUUGUCAACUCUGUCCAGCAGCGAAAGCGGUCGUCGGGUGGGCGGCAGUGGUGGAUCGCAGCAAACCGUCCCGCUUCGUCAAGUUCGUGAACGUUGCAAUCGCAAGGACACUGCAAUGGCCCGCGCCAUCAGCAUUCUCGGUGAUGACGCUGUUCGCAAAAUUCGGGAUGAUUGGCAGUUGAUGGAGACCGACCGGAAUGGAUCUGAAUGGCAACAGUCGGAGAGGAUUGUCCUGCAGAUGCUUCAGCAGGGCUUGUCAGAGAGCGUGAUUCGUGCAAUCAUCCCAGUCGGCGGUUCCAGGAUCCAUCGAUUGCGGAAAGUCCUCGAGAAUGGCAUCGAAACACUGCAUACGCGACGCCCGCCAAAAGUUCCACAUCAUGCCCUUGCUGAUGAUGAUCUCGACGCCAUCAAGGAGAAUGCCUACACGUGGGAGGUCGAGGACGACUUUCCCUGCUCUCAUCGUCGGCCUCGACAGUACUUUGUUGAGCCCAACAUCACCUGGACCAAGCUUUAUCGCCGAUACAAGGCCAAGUUGGAUGCUGUCAAGGGGUGUCGAGUCGUGUCGUAUUCGCGAUGGAUUCAAUACGUUCACAUGUUCUAUCCCGGACUGCGCUUGACGCGCACCACGGAAGACGUCUGCGACUGCUGCGUUCGCCUCGACGUCCGGCUCGCGUGCGAGGAUCUUCCAGCAGAUGAGCGCAAGCGCCUACUGGAGGAGAAGAAUUUGCAUCUCGAUGCGGCCAUCGACCAGCGCCGGACGGUGUCCACUUUCGUCAAGGAGUACGUCAAGCGGCACGCUCCUGAUCAGAACAUCCCCGUCACCAUAAUUCCGGACCACUAUGACGACGCCGAACCCGACAUUGUUGAUUCUGCCUACGAAUCGAGCCCCCUGCCGACGAUUCAGAUUCAGAUUGAGGAAUUUGGCGGUAGCUUCGCCAUGCCACACUAUGGUCACAUGCGGCCGUCCGCCGAUUACUUUGAUUCAAACCUGAUGUUGCAGAAUUUCGUGCUGGCGGAUAUCACGAGCGGUAUCAACAAUGUGAUCUUUUAUGACGAGCGUGCCCAAGGAAAGGAUGCGGACGCAUUGUGUAGUCUUCGCUUCAUGUACCACAUGCGGCUGCUCGCCAAAAACCCGGGCGCGAUGUCCAAGACCCUGGUGGUGAUUCUGGACAACUGCGUUGGCCAGAACAAGUCUCAAGUCAUGUUCAUGUUCUUUGCGCUGCUGUCGCUCUUGUUCUACCGCAAAGUCGUUUUGUUGUACCUCAUGCCGGGGCACUCGCACAACCAAGCCGAUCGAGUUGUUACAUGGUGUCGCAAUUCAAUGAAGGGCAAGAACUUCUACACGCCGUCGGAUAUCGUCGAUACUGUCAACCUGAUCAACAGCGUCGAGGCAACGUUCAUCGAUCAUCAGGAUGCCCAACGCCCUUUUUACACGGGCUGGGAGAGUCUUUUGAAGAAGCACUUCAAGUCGAUGCCGCCCCGAUACACUUCCAACUACUUCUUUGAGUUCGAUGAAGGAGUGCUCAGCAUGAGACACCUGAGUUCGACUCCGGACAACGAGGUCACCUGUGUCCCGCUAAUCGUGCCGGAGAACAUCGAUCUCGUUCGGCGAUCCAUUCUACAGGAUCUUUUUGGCACCAAUGUCAACACGAUCGAGGAGGGGACGUUCGAGUCGAUCCGAUUGCCGACGGCUCCUGUCAGCAGCCUAUCAAACAAGAAGCUGGCCUCACUAUCGAAGAAGUACUUCUCGAUUCCACCCGAACACCUGCCGUACUAUCCGGCUGUCCCGAGCGAGAUCAGCUCGCAGAUCGACGACCAUCCGAUGCCUGAAGGAAGCCCCACUCGCGCGAUGAAACGAAAGCGUUCCGCCGUUGACGCGAUGGUGGAGCCGGCCACUGAGAUCGGUUCGGCAGGCAGGCCGAAAUGAUAGGAGCUCAACCGAAUGGUUGAUAUCAUCAUCAUCGCCACCACCGUGGGAAUGUAGAGCUGCCAAAAUAAUCUAAACCUAGUCUAUUAACAGACUGUCAGGGCAAGUGAUAAUUUAUACUGUGGCAGGAAUAGGAAAUCUGAAACGCUGUGAAGCUCUUUGUUUAGAGAUGUUCCAGUAGGAGGCAAACGGGGUCAGAACGUUACAAGAACAAACAAUGCCAGACAUAAACAACACCGAUAGGAGUACAAAGCAAUAGGAAGGGUAAACACAUCGCUUUAAAUAUAUUUACACAAUUAAAACGACAACGAUUUGUAACGAUGUAAUCGAGGAUUCGAAUCCUCUGUUAAGUUUGAGGGUGGCGAUUACCUCCCACCGAUUCCCAAGAUUUAAUUGAGGCAUCGAUUCUUCUGGAAGUUUCUGUGGCGAUUUCCCCUACAGAUUCAAAGAUGAAAUCGAGGAAUUGUUUCCUCUGCAAAGUUAAGUUUAGCGAUUCCGGACUCUGAACAAUAUUUGUCGAGAUCGAUUGUUCCCGUUAGGUUGGAUUCAAUCGACCGAUUCCGACUUUUAGAUUCUUUCCUGAGAAAUAUCGAAAUCGAUUUUUCGUUUUGGAUUCAAUGGAGCGAAUUCUAUCGAUUCUACUUUAUUUGUAAAAUAAAUCAAUAAUAAUAUAGGAUUAUUACUAUCAGAUAUUCAUAUAGGAUGGUAUAGGAUAUUAAUAUAAAUAUAUAUGAAUAUAGGAUAAUAUUAUUACAGGAUAUUAAUCUCAAUAUAGGAUAUUAAUACCCACUAGAGGAUAUUAAUAUUAUUAUAGGAUAUUAAUAUCAAUUUAGAAUAUUCAUAUUAUCAUAGGAUAUUAAAUGGACUAUCCUUUGUGGUCAGGCCGCGAACUGAAAUGUUUUUUUUAUAACAGCUCAGUGGGGUCUUAACCUGAUAAAGUAAAAUAAAUUAAACUAGUUUCUAGUUUAGUUUCAUCGUCAGUAGCAGUCAGGCAAUUGGCUUGAACCAGAUGGGGGCGCCAUGGUGCCUAUGGAGAUGGUAACCACCUCGCUUUGGAUACAGGAGGUCGUGGGUUCGAUCCUGACCGUGGCCAUAUCUGCUGCUGCUGUGGUGGUCACUGCGUGGAUUUUUCUCUUUCGCGACCAAUAUCAUCCAUAAUAGAGGUUGUUGUAGGGUUAGAUCGUAUAAAUAUCUAUCGUACUCAGAUUGUCAAUGUUGUGGCUUGGCUCUCAAACACACCAGCGUUCUGUACUAGUGACGAAUUGGCAUGUUCUGUUUACGUGACAACCCUUACUAGUUGGCUGUGUCAGGUGGUGGCAGGUUUUAAUGACACAUUUAUAUAUUUACGCGAUGUAACCCAAAAAAGACAUCUAUUAAGGGUAAUGAAGCCGACGCUUAUUUAAAUGUGAAGUUCCUUGGUCCAGUCAGUCUGCCUUCCGACACGCUCUGUUGCUCAACCUCCGUGAAUUUUUAGCGAUUCUCAAGCAUUUUAGAUUCGUUUGAUUUACUUAAUCCUUAGGCGUAAGAAACCUUUUUAAACACUGUCAUUGUACUCGAUACACGACAGGUAGUUGAUUCAAUGUGCUCUUUGUGUUCACCGUCUUAAACAAAAUAAUAACAGCUUCAUAUCGGACCCUUGGUCAGGAACGUAACCCUACAUCGUAUGGUCGUUUCUCUGGGAGAAUGGGUCUCGACUUACGUCGUUUCGACACCGCGUCGACUUUUUACACGCUUUCUUUUAACUCAGUCUGUUGUCAUUGUUGUUGUCGUUGUUGUAUCCUCAAAUCUUGUAACUCAAUUUUAAUCUACUUCCCAAUGUGGUGUCGACUGCAAACUUGGUAUACUUAUGUCAUACUCAUGACAAUACUAUAUUCUAUCAUUAAAAAUAUAUAUUUUUUAAACAUUCUUUUUUAUAUGUUAUGUUUCGGCUUAGGUCUAAUUGUCCACGGUCAACUGACGUUGGCUGUAAUUGGCCACGGUCCCUUACAUUAUGGCAAGCUUUGGGCCACUUCCUGGAAUCAUGGAGUUCUGCCAUUACUAGUACAUUUCAUAAAAGCGUGUUAAAAAAAGUUUUUUUAAUAUAACUUUUUGGAGGUACGUCACCUGACGUAGGACCGAAGACUGCGUGGACAGGAGCAGUCCCCCACUUAUGAACGCAUUCCCUGAGACCCCACCCCCCCCCCCUGCUCGUGAGUAGAGCGGUUCUUAAUUUGGAACACUACAUAUGUGUUGAGGAGCUCCCACGGACGCACUCGGAAACGGAGGUAAGUUAUGGCCUUUCGCCAAGGGUUUAUUACUGGUUAACAAUAACACACAAGGGUACACAACUCCCAGGGGCGAGGGGUCCUACACUGAGUCCUGGUCCCUGCCCGGCUAGCUCUGGUCUCUCUCGUGUCGGAUCAUGGACUCUGCCGACUCCACCGACCGGAGAGAGAAGCACCUCUACGGCUGCUACCACCGGCUUCUCCCCAGACUCACUACUCGAUCCCUCUCUACCCCUGGUUCCCUCUUCACCCUUCUUACUCUACCCGUUCCCACAGUGACCCCGCUUUCGUCACGGGAUCUCCCUUAAGUACUCUAGGAGACGUGACGUCAUCGCACUGAACGGCACACAUGACGUCACGUUCCCAUUUUACUCCUCUACAUAUGUACCGCAUUUAAAUGCGCACACGGUCAGCAUUAGAAAAUGUGUGUACGUACGUACGUUGAACUUCUGUCGCACCGUGCAUAGUCAACCCGUCGCUGAUUGGAGGUGUGAUGGGGAAGGACAACAAACUAAACACAACAACAACCAGCAGUUGUAAAGGAAUUAGACUGUCAAUGUAGAUGAUUUAAAAGUGCACCACAGCUCCCACGGGCUUCCUAAUAUUGAAAGCAGGGGCGGUUUCUUCAUUAGGGCGAUUGGGCGACGCACCACCAAUGUCAUUGAACCACAGAGUCACUGCAGCCUCUGGAUAUAGUCCAAUCAGCGUCAUGUCACGUUCUGUGGAGUACCGCCUCUUUUUGGGCGAUUUCACUCCGGCUGAGAAUCGCCCCGAGUGGCCCCAUAGACUUACAUUCAAAGAUGUUUUUUUUUCGACCGGGGGGCACUCCAAUGCAUUCUCUAUGGCUUCCGGGAGGGCUCGCCCUAACGUGCUUACGUCAUCAUACGUGCUUACGUCAUCAUACGUAAGCACGUUUCAUCCAACAAUAUAAUUUGUGGCCACCUAGUGGAAUCUUUAAUAAAAUAAACUUGAGUGGUUUGUUUUAAUAGUGAGUAUAGAAACAAACAAGAUGUAUUGUAAGAGUCACUUUAUUUUUCAUUAAUAUUAAAGAAGUGAAGUUGCCUUUACAUGCUUAAGCUGUUAAUUUAUCCAUUGCAUGGGUGGACCUUAUCCUUAUCAAUCAUCCAGACAUUUUCCCCCCCUGAGAGAUUUUGCAGGAGCCGCCACUGAUUGAAAGGGAAGCGCGUUCCAGACGGCCGCAGAAGCACUGCACAUUUGAAAGCGACGUGCCAGCCAGAAGCCACUGCUGCUACUGCCGUGAGGAUGACGACCGGAGUUUGAGCGAUGAUGGUUUAACGCUACCUUGACGAGAUCAUCGGCGGGGUCGUUGCGGAUCAUUUGGUCGCGGACGACUUUGUGUGUGUAAUGAGCGCGACCCCGAUAACAAAUCUGCUGCUGCUGUAUUUGUCUGGCAAGCGGGAGCCAAUGCAGAUCGGUUAGCACGGGAUGCACACGGUUCGGAUCUUGCGGUACCCCGUCAUGACCACGUGCCAAAUAAUUUUGUACACACACAACCUGCAGGUUGGAAAUGUGUUUUUUUUUUCCCCAGACGUCCCGUAGAGUAGUGAGUUGCAAUAAACGAGCCUUGACGAUGUAGCAACUGCACGGCAUGCCACCACUGAGUUGGCUGUCCGCUGCUAGGGUGAGCAGAGUGUGAGCGAUGAUGGUUUAAACGCUCCUUGACGAGAUGAUCGGCGGAGUAGUUGCGGUUCAUUUGGUGGCGAGCGACUUUGUGUGUGUGUAAUGAGCGCGACCCCGAUAACAAGGCUGCUGCUGUAUUCGUCUGGCAAGCGGAAGGCAAUGCAGCUCUGUGAGCAAUGGACAGACCACGGUUCGGUCUUGCCAUUGUUCAACUUACGACUAAGAAGACAUUGCACAUUUGCAUGUAACACUGUAAUAA